GGUAAUGGCCGCACUCGCUGUGCCGUUCCCAAUGUUUUAUCUUGUCCGCCGCCGUGGUUAAUUUAAACCGUGUAUUAUUUAUUGUAGUCUGCUAAAAACCACACAGGCAGAAGAGCGAAGUUAUUAACGCAGCAGUGCCGUCUUUAAAGAGGUCCGGGGCGACAAGAAUAUUCUCCAAUGGAUACUCCUGAAAGCCCAACCCAGUCCCCUCAGUCCCCAGAGGAGGAAAAGGGCCUUUCUGACAGUGAGCUGCUGGAUUCUCAUGAUGAGGACGAGGACAGGGCCAUCUCAGAUACUGAGGUAGUCUGUGAUGAUGACAAUAAUGGGGCGCUGAAUGAGGAAGAAGAAGAUGAUGAUGCAGGGGAAAGCAGAGGAAGAGGCUUGGAAUUUGAUGCAGAGAGGGAAGAAGAUGAGGUGGUCCCCGACUUUGUCUCAGAUCCAGAAGACGAGGAGCCUUUAGGAGAAACCGAAGGGAUGGGACAAGAGGAUGGGACCAUCCUGCUUAUGGAGGGGGAUGAAGAUGGUCCACAGGGGAAUGAGAAGGAAGGAGAGGAGCAAGAGGAUAGAGUGAUUGACACCCCACAGUCCCCAGACUCAGAGCCAGACCAGGGCAAGAGCUUCAUUGCUGAAGAGGAUGGAGAAGAUGGGGACGAAGGAUACAGGGACUACCAGAAGGAUGCCUCGACAGAGCGUGAGACAGCUGAAGUGGGUGAUGAAGAGGAAGACAAAAGCAAAGCAGAGGAAGAAGAGGAGGAUGAAAGGAUUAGAGCAGAGGAGGAGAAGAGGAGGAGAGCUUUGGCUAUAAGAGUAAUGAAGGAUGACUCAGCGUCGGUUUCUAGGGAGCUGGAUGAGCAUGAACUGGAUUAUGAUGAGGAGGUGCCAGAAGAGCCCAGCAUUCCUGGUCAGGAGGAAGAGGAAGAUGAGGAAGAAACAAAAAGGGAGGGAGAAGAAGAGGAGGAGAAUGAGAACAAAAUUAGUAAGAAGAAGGAGAGAAAAAUGAUUCUUCCUCCAUCUCCUAAAGACAGUGAAUCCAAGAAGACAGAGGACUCCAAAGGGUCAGAGAGAACACGCAGAGAUUCCUUCAGAGAUAAGAAGAAGGAUGAGGAUGAUGGAGAGAUUGAUGAAGGAGAGAUUGAUGAUGAUGAUCUGGAGGAGGGAGAAGUAAAAGAUCCCUCUGACAGGAAGAUCAGACCACGUCCCAUCUGCAGAUUCUUCAUCAAAGGAAAUUGCACUUGGGGCAUGAACUGUCGGUUUAUUCACCCUGGAGUCAACGACAAAGGAAACUAUUCCCUCAUCACCAAGCCAGACCCUUUCUCUCCUAAUGGUGCACCACCUGGAGGACCACACCCACUCAUCCCCAAUAAUCCCUGGGCUGCACCUGCAGUAGAGGAGCUCCCUCCCCCACCACCUCCAGUGGAGCCUCCUGUUGAGAGUGCCUGGGAGAGAGGUUUACGGCACGCCAAAGAGGUGCUAAAGAAGGCCACCAUUCGUAAAGAGCAGGAGCCGGACUUUGAGGAGAAGCGUUUCAAUGUGACCAUCGGAGAAGAUGAGAGAGAGUUUGACAAAGAGAACGAGUUCUUUAGAGAACGCAGCUACCGCAUCAUCAGAGAUGAAAUGGACUUCAGAGAUCCCAUAUAUGGAGACCCUUAUGCUGAUCCGUACUAUGACUAUGAAAUGGAGGCCCUGUGGCGAGGUGGCCAAUAUGAAAACUUUAGAGUGCAGUACACAGAAGCACCUCUUCCUUACCAUUACACUGAGCGUGAACGUGAACGAGAUCCUCGCGAGCGACAUCGGGACAGGGAGAGGGAAAGAGAUCACCGUGAGAGGGAGCGCCGACAGAGAGAGAGGGAGCGAGAGAGGGAGCGUGAGCGUGAGAAGGAAAGGAUUCGGAGGAAAGAGGAGUGGGAGAGGGACCGGAUGAAGCGCGAUGAGAAGGACCGGCCGAGGAUGCGUCCUCCUCGAGACACCAGGGAAAAGAAAGAUGAGGACAAAAUGAAACCACGCUCACCUCUCAGCAUGCCACCAAACAGGUCAAUGGAGCCUCCCUCAAAGAAGGACAUGAUUCCAGUCAUGAGGCGGCCAGAUGAGUGGAAGGAUCCAUGGCGUCGAUCUAAAUCCCCUAGAAGACGGCCUGGGAUGGGCUCCCCACCACGAGGGCGCAGGCGACAUCGGCCCUCUGGCUCUUCUGUCUCUCUCUCCAACUCCUCCAGAUCUUCUUCUCGCUCCUCAUCCUACACAGGCUCUGGGUCAUCUCGUUCCCGCAGCCGCUCCUCUUCAUUCAGCUCCUACUCCAGCCACUCGUCCCAGCGCAGCUCUUUUAGCGGCAGCCGCUCCAGGUCUCGAUCAUUCUCUACAUCUCCAAGUCCAGCAGCACCAAGGGCGGCUAAAAACAAACCAGACCCUCCACCUAUGAUGGCUAAAGGCAUGCCGCUGAAGCCGGGUGCCAUGCCCCCUCCUCGCAGGGACAAGCCUCCCAUGAAGAAAGCUCCCAGUCCUCCUCCUCCUGGUGGACCACAAGGCAGGCCUCCUAAGCCCCCACCAGAGGGAGGGAAGCCUCCCAUCAAUCCUCGGGAACCUGGAGUUGCAGGUGGCGGUGCAGGUGGUGGUGGAGGAGCCAUUAGACCCCCGCCACCGCGGGAACCUGGAAAGCCUCCCAACCAGAGAGAAGACAGACGGAGAGACCGACAGCAGCAUCCUCCUCGGAGGCGAACUGUGAGUGGCAGUGUUAGUGGAAGUGGCAGCAGUUAUUCUGGCUCCAGCUCCAGAUCUAGGUCCAGAUCCACCUCCAACUCCCUUUCUCGCUCGCGCUCACGCUCUGGAUCCAGGAAAUCCAGGAAAUCCAGGUCACUGAGUGUGAGUAGCGUCUCAUCUGUGUCAUCAGCAUCAUCCAGCAGCAGCUCUGUGCGGAGCGCAGACUCAGAUGACAUGUAUGCUGACCUGGCGAGCCCCGUGUCUUCUGCCAGCUCCCGCUCACCCACACCAAAUCACCCACGAAAGGAGAGAGGGCCGCCACGGGACCGGCCUCCACAUGGGAGAGACAAAGACAGGGCAGAAAGACCUCAGAAAAAAGAUGAGCCCUUCAGGGAAGACCGUAGGAAGAUGGACCCAUCUGGAGCCCCCCAAAGAGGGGGCAACCCCAUGCCCAGAUCAGGACCUGGAAGCAGAGGUGGCCACCCAAUGCAUCCUCCACCAGGUAACAUGGGCCCCCCAGGGAGCUACGGAGGUUCAGGAUCUCACAAAGAUAUCAAGCUCACACUCCUCAACAAGCAGCAGGGAGAUAAGGGCAGCCGCAAGAGGUACCUGCCUUCAGACAAGGACAGGCCGGGUUCCCCCCUCAGCAAGAGAAUGGCCAUGUCUCCAGACCGAGGUCGGGAUAAGAGGAUUCCUGGUCGACCCCCACUUUCCCCUCGUAUGGAUCGUCCCAGAGGCCAAGGGCCCCGACCCAUGCCCCCCCAGGGAGACAGAAAACGUCCUCUGUCACCCCCAGCCAAGUCCUCUGGAAAAGGCCCGACAAUGCCGAUGGGCAAGCCAGUUGGCCCAGGCUCUGCUCCAGCCACCGGCUCUGGCUCAGGCUCUAGCAAACCCAGCAACACACUUUCCCGUCGUGAGGAGCUGCUGAAACAGCUGAAGGCCGUGGAAGACGCAAUUGCCCGAAAACGAGCAAAGAUCCCCACCAAAUAAACAAAGCCCACAUGUCAUCUGAUUGCCUGUCUGAGUGAGGCCAUGUGAAUUGGAAAAACUAUGAGGGUCAGGUUUCUCUCCUGCCUUCAAUGGACAUAAAAGGUGUUGUAUGGUUCAUGUACAGAGGAUAUUGUUAGAGAGCAGAAAAGUGGCCAUACAAUGGCCAUCCUUUUAUUGAAGUAUGGUUCUGCUCCCUUCUAGAGAGUCUCUUCCUCACAUUUUAGAUUCCCUUAAGUCUCUGAAUGUCUCGCCAAUGAGAAACAGGAGUAAGAGGGAGGGAUGUCUCAGGAUUGGGGAAUAGAUUUCACAGAAACAGAAGGUAUUAAGGUGCACUUGUUGCUCACUCUGUUCUUCAUUCAGAGGGAAGCACCUUCUCAUGUGGUGUGAAGAACAACAGAUUUUUACUAAAGGAGUCUACUUCUGUCUUUCUCCGGCCUCUUUAUCGUCUUGUUCUCACACAUUUUCUUUAGUUCCUCCAUGUGGACUCAACUCUACAGGUUUCUGACAGCUUUCACUGUUUAUUUGUAUAGAUGCACAAAUUCUUGAACGUUCAUAUAGAGCCCCUGUAAGUCAUCAUGAGCGGGGGCAUCGUUCACAGCAGACUCAUCUUUAACCAACAAUUUGUCUGCGUUCUGUGUUAAAGGCAGAGUUUACUGUCACACUUUGUACAAAAAUAGCAAAUCAUCAAAUCCUUUCAAGUGUAAGAUUAUAGACAACAGUGAUGUGAAGUAUUGCUUUUUUUUAUCUACAGCAUUUUGUUUUGUUCUGAGCUCUUCUCAAGCGAUAAACCGAUGUUUUAUUUGUGUGAUAUUUUUAGUUUCAGGAGUAUGAGAGAUGGAACAGGGACAUUUAGAGACAAGAUUUGUCUUGCUUUUGUGAGAAAAGCCUUCUAAAUAAACUAUUUUGAUAAAGAGAA